AUGGAUGAGGAAGAGGGUAGCCAGGAAGGACGUGAAGGACGAGAGGAUGUCUUGUAUCAGGAUGAUGGUGAUGAUGAUGAUCAGGACCGGAUAAGAGCUGGUACAACAGCGGCAAAGUGGGAGAAGGUAAACAAGAACUGCUUAAGCUUGCUCUUGGUGCGGGUAAAGGGCUUCUUCAUGGUGGAGUUCAUGUUGAACUUUGAUGGGAGAAGUUGA